AUGAAAUCAGGUCAUUCAAACCUAAAUGACUUUCUUCUGUUGCAGUUUAAGAAGAUGGAAAAUUAUAAAGAUGUACUGUGUGAGGUCUGGAAAAAAGUCACACAGGUUGGCCAUAAGAAGAACACGUAUUGUCUGUGGGUCACACGUCCAGAAGGAAGUGAUUCUCCAGCCACCCCACACCGCUUUGUGAUGGUGGGCUUCAACACUCUUUUGGAGUCCCACAAUGACAAAUACACUAUUGACUACAGUGACUUCAGCCCACAAACUGAGUCUGACAUUUUCAUACCACCUGAAGGAAUGACCUGGGGAGAGUUUCCUGAUUCUGUUGAGGAGCAUCAAAUAUUGGCCAACCCCCUUCAAGACUAUGUCAGCACCUCCCCUGUUAGCCACGCCCACCGUCUGUUUGGCCCCUUUAAGGAGAAGUUUGAUCGUCAGUAUGAAAGUGAGAAGGAGCACGAGGAGUGUGAGAACUACUUUAUACAUUCUCUUCGGUUUGUGCACUCUAUGAACAGAGCUGGUCUUACAUACAGUCUAGGUAUCAAUGACUUCUCUGAUUGGUCAAAAGCAGAGUUGGCCAGGAUGACCGGAGGUUUAAGGAUUCCAGAUCAGCAAAAGGAUGAUACAGAAUAUUAGUUUGUCAUGCAAAUG